UCCGCCGUGCAAGAGGGCGGUAGUUUCUUAGUUUCUUUCCGGUUUAUCGUUGAACGUGACACACGAUACAAUGAAGGCGAAGGGUGAACUGAAGGAAUUCGAGGUGAUAGGGCGCAAGCUCCCUACCGAGAAGGAGAAAACCACGCCGUUGUACAAAAUGAGGAUAUUCGCGCCGGACGCUAUCGUGGCCAAGUCCAGGUUUUGGUACUUCUUGCGCCAGUUGAAGAAGUUCAAGAAGUCCACCGGAGAAAUUGUGUCUCUUAAGCAGAUUCCUGAGAAGACCCCGAUGAAAAUCAAGAACUUCGGGAUCUGGCUGAGGUACGACUCUCGAUCCGGCACGCACAAUAUGUACAGGGAGUACAGGGACCUCUCCGUUAGCGGGGCGGUGACGCAGUGCUACAGGGACAUGGGCGCUCGUCAUCGCGCGCGUGCCCACUCCAUACAGAUAAUCAAGGUGGAGGUCGUGAAGGCUGCGAAUUGCCGCAGGCCCCAGGUGAAGCAGUUCCACGAUUCCAAGAUCAAGUUCCCGUUGCCGAAGCGAAUCCAGCACAGGAAUCGCAUGCCGCUGUUCAGCGUCCGGAAGCCGCGCACCUAUUUCCUCUAAGCGCGACACGGCGUUUUUGUACUGCGACGCCAAUUCUAUUCUACAGGAAAUAAAGGGACUUUCAACAUAAA